AACAAAUAUUCAAGCUUAUUUUAAAGCUGACGUAACAGAGAGAGGAACAGUUAAUCACUACAUACUUCUGCUCGUCUCAUUAGUUGGCUGCUUUUCCAACAGUUUCAAACAAAUUUAAACUCCCGUCCAUUUGCGCGCUCACUCACUGAGGCACACGUCUCCACGCCCACAAACCAACAAACACACACACACAACGAAGAUGUCUGCGUCGCGCGCCAAUACACCACCUACCGAGGCGAAUGAGGCAACAACGCACAACAACAACAACAAUAGCAGUAACAACGCCAACGGUGACACAAAUCACAACAACAAUGCCAAACUGAAAUCAACACAAAAUAGUGGCACCGGCAGCAUCGAUAAACUUUCACCCGAUCAAGAUAUAUUCAUAAAUCAAGCCGAUGGCUUGCCCAGCCAACAUCCCACAUUGCCCGAUGGCGAAGUAGACAGUGAUAACGAACAAGAGCCUGUGGAUCCAGAUUCAUUUGAUGAUUUGCCCACAUCCAUUAUUGUGACGAACAUACACUCGGAGGUGUUUACCAAUCCAGCGCUGAAGCAGGAAAUGGAAGAGCUCUUCCGCACCUUCUGCGAUUCGGCAACCUUCCAAUGGCUACGCAGUUUCAGACGUUUGCGCGUCAACUACGACAAUGCCAUAGCGGCGGCCAAUGCGCGCAUCAAAUUGCAUCAAUACGAAUUUAAUAAGAAAACAGUGAUAACCUGUUAUUUUGCACAGCCGGUAACGCCAGUUUCGAAUAAAAAUCUGCAACCGCCAGCGCCAGUUAAACAAUUCCUAAUUUCGCCACCCGCUUCACCGCCAGCUGGUUGGGAGCCACGCGAAGAGAAUGAGCCGCUGGUGAAUCACGAUCUGCUGGCGGCAUUGGCCAGCUUAACGCCAGGCGAAUCGCACGAACUGCACCCGCAGAGCGAGGAUCAGCCGGGUAUUAUUGUGCAUACGGCCAUGUUGCCAGAGGGAGCUGUGACCACCGCACCAACACUGGCGGUCACACCGAAGCCGGCCAUUGUGCAGACUAAGUGUCCGGAGCGCGCGUAAGAAGUAAUGGGGGAGGAUGUGCUGCUGUCGCCGCAGACGAACUCAUUUUUAAGCCUAGGAGCAGGAGUAGGUGCUGAGCACAUGAUAGUAUAAGAAUUAAAAUGAUAAAGAUAAAAAGUAAUUAGUUAAUGCAAACAGAAAUUUGGUGGUGCAUAUACAUUGUAUGUGUGUACAUAUAUAAAAUAAAAACUGUUAAUUUUUGUAAACAAAAACCAAUUGUAGAUGAAAAGUUUUGAAUAUGUAGUUGAAGUUACCACUGAGAAACUAAAGAUUUCCUCUUGAGCAUACUUAACGAUAAUCUAAGUUAUGUUCUACAUUUAUAUACAUAUGUAUGUCUAAGUGUACACAUACAUACAUAUGCAACUUUGUGUAAGCGCAAUCCAAUGACUAUUUGAAUUUUUUAGUUAUUUAAUUUCCAAAAACAUUUUGAUUGUGACCGAUUUUAUUCUAAGCUACUAAAAUGUAUACAAUCUAUGAAGAAGUAAAGUGAAAACAUUGUUAACAAUUGAAUUGCGCAAAAAUUCUUCAAAAUAAAGUUUUAAGACACUCAACAUUUUUACUUACAUAUAAAAAAAAAAAUAUCUACUACAUAUUUCAGUUAUCAAGUUUAGAUUUUCAUAAAUGAAAUCUCAUGUACAUAAAAUUGUAUAAGAAAAAAUUUCGAUUUUUUGUAACAAAAUAAAUUUUUUAUGAUUAAAGCACUCCACACAUUAUGCGCCUAAUCUGGGGUGGUGUUCGCGUUUGGCAUGUCGACUUCUGCACACUUGGGCGUCAUAUAUGUAUUAUUCAAAUCUUCGAUAUUUUAUAGCUUUCUCGCAUUAUUUUGAUAUUUCUAGCUUGCAUUGUCGUGCGAUUUUUUUCAUAGAUAAUCUUGCAGUCUUGCAAACUAGGAAACUUCUAAGCAAUUUCACCAAGAAUUCAUAAAUGUUAAUUCAUUCCUCAUUUAUUUAC